CAAUGAUGCCUUUUUUCUUGCUUUCGUUAACCCCCCUUUCGCCAUUUAUUGUACUGCGCAUAUAGAUCAAAGCCAGACAUGCCAUUCUGAGAAGUUCCUACACCAUCUUCUCCGCUUCCGCUCCCAAUGCAGGAGCCCGACCCGAACGGAUCCCUGUAGUACCCAUUCAGCAUGCCGCUAUCAUGCAUCCCCUGCUGCUGUUGCUGCUGAUGAUUGCCCUGCAUCGCGAAAGGCGCCUGCAUAUAAGAAACCAUCUACUGCUGCGGUGGCAGCAGCGGAGGCGGCAUAACUAUAGCCCCGAAACCUGCGGAGCUCCGCUUGAGCAUGAUGGGAUCGCGGUAAGAUGCGCGAUCACCACCCUCCGUCUCUCAGUAUCUGGCGAGGAAGAGGGAAAGCGGCUCGACAUAGCUGUCGAAUCCAUCUUCCCCAUGGCCCAGAUCACAUCGGCAUCGGUGACUGUCUUCCGCUGGCAGUGCUCGUUGGCCUUCCCCGUGACGAAGCUGAUGUACUUUGGUCAAACCCUUAGUUGGAAAACGACACUAAUAUGGCUGACUUUGCCACCAGGGAGCUGCUGAAUGAAGCAAUCGACUCCAUCGUGGCAUAUUGGGUGGGUGCUAGUGGUGAGUGGGACUCUGUGAAACUCAAAGAUUAAGCUAAUGAUGUUUUGUGUCACAUUGCAGGUAUUGAUGCACCUAGAACAGAGUUAGGAGAGGACAAACCCACAUGGGGCAUUGUGAAAGAUGGCAGAUUCAGUUUUUGCUCUGCUUACAACCUUGUAGAGGAGGCAGAGCCGAUCGAGAUAUGGAAUGAUCAAAUAGAGUGAAAUUCUUCUCUGGUUGGUUUCACAUAACUGGCUGCUCACUAACGCAAAAAGAAAAUAAAGGCAGCUAACCAACAAUGGGAGUUGCAAGCAUUGUACUGGUGAGGAAGAAACCGUGGAAACAUAUCGUGCGAAUGUGCAGGAAGAUCAGAGGAGUCUGGAAUCAUUACAGUGACAAAAUCACGACGAAUGCUGCAGACAAGGACUUUGCACAAUGGCUUAAUGAGAAUAUCAAAGCAGAAGGAAGUAGUUUUUCGCGGCUUGGUAUACUGAAUCUCUGCUCACGAGCUUGCGGGAGGGUAUCAGGAAUAAAAACCAGUAGUUUUUCGCGGCUUCCACAAUUCGAACCCAGCCCGGCAGAGGAAGUUACCGCUGCGCCUACACCGACAAGUCGUCAAAGCUGCAGUGACGUCAUUUCUGAAAAACUACCAUAGGCCAUAGCACACCUACAAUUAUUGACUUGCUCCUUUUUUCUAUUUUAGGGUUGUACUUUCUUCUUGUCCAAGUCUCUCUUUUUUCCUUGCACGGUAAGGUUCUGUUCAUGCUUUGUAAAUUGUAACCACACAACAGCAACGAAAUAAGCUGUCUUGAUGCAAUGAGAAUAAGCUAAAACUUCUAGAGUUCUCACAAUCUGCUCCUUUGACAGGGAAGUUAUACCUUCUCGGCAGUGAUCUCGAUUUCACCUUCCCCUUCAAUCAACCGCAAUGGAGUUUCCGCUACCGAUGGACAAAGUCUCUAUUUCCACCGAGGACGACGGCAAGGUAUCUGUAGUUUUGGUUGCCACCGGAUGCUUCAACCCUCCUACUCUCAUGCACUUGCGGAUGUUUGAGUUGGCUAGGGACGCAUUGCAAUCGGAAGGCUACCGUGUGAUUGCUGGGUAUAUGUCGCCCGUUACCGAUGUCUACAAAAAACCGGGUCUUAUACCUGCUGAGCAUCGUUUGCGCAUGUGUAAUUUAGCCUGUGAGAGCUCCGAUUUUAUUAUGGUUGAUCCAUGGGAGGCAAAUCAAAGUACCUACCAGUCAUCUUUGACUGUGUUGAGAAGAAUUGAGAGUGUCUUCAUCGAAGAAGUCCCGAUAUCCAGGGAAUCACUCAAGGUGAUGUUUGUUUGUGGUGCUGAUCUGCUGCAGACGUUUAAGAUUCCUGGGUUUUGGAUUCCCGAUCAGGUAAGGACCAUAUGCAGAGACCAUGGUAUAGCUUGCAUUCGUAGGGAAGAGCUCGAAGUCGACCGAAUCAUAGCUGCUGAUGAAAUCUUGAAUCAGAAUAAGGAUAAGAUCAAGCCUGUUACUGAACCUGUACCAAACAUGAUCAGUUCCACCAGGUUGAGAGACUGCAUAUCGAAAGGAUUGUCAAUCAAGUACUUGACGGCGGAUUCAGUUAUCAGCUACAUCAGAGAACAGCAAUUGUAUAUGGGAAACAGAUAAAGAUGUCCAGCAGGAGCUUCAAAUCCUCCACUCAUAUUUAAGAGUACUAUGUAAAAUCGCUCAGUUCGGUUUCAAAGAAGAGCAUAAAUAAAUGUAUCAUCACCUUAACAAGCCUAAAAACUUCAGCUUUUCAACUAAGAUCUUGAAUAAAGCUAAAAAUCUCUUUAGGGUUGUUUCCCUUUCUUCACAUUCCAAUCAAAAUUUCCCCUGAUC